GCGCCCCCCCCUCCCUCUCGUCUGUUUACCUCCGUUGAAACGAUGAUGUGAGACCGGUACCGUCAGCGAGCGUGUCCGGCUACAGGGAGCAAAGACCCGGGGAGGGAUGGAAGGAAGCUCUCGCUGUUGUGGAGGACACAGUGAUGGACCUCCCUCCACCUCCAGCCUCUGUUCUCACCUGUUUGCUCUGAAGCCCUUCUACUCUAACGGGCGGCGUUAGCCUGCUAGCAUGCUAGGCUAGGAGGCUAGGCUAAGCUAGCUCCGGUGGCUGUGAUUUGACCUGAUAUGGGAACUUGUCAACAGUCACCACCGCUGGGACUGUUUUCUACUUCACUCCGGCUCAGCGACGCCCACACGGGGCCACCAGGAGCGGGCUUGUAGACUAGUAUCGCCGCCGACUCGUCCCGCUCUUCGAAACCUGUCUUUUUAAGCUAACGCUGCUGCUAAGCGAAACUGUCCGGCCUGGGGAUGGAGCCGGGCGACUUGCGGGAGAGCCCCGCCGGGUCAGGGGAGUCAGACGCCGGGGACUGGAGAGAGGGUAUCCCCGGCGGAGAUGGGGAGGAGGAGGUCAAGGCUGCCGAAACCAACGGAACUUCAAUGGAGGCGGCCCUGAGGGACACCUGCGGGGAAAGUGAGAGGCAAAAAGGCGGCGGAGAUCCACUGCACAGCCCGUACGAGGAGGAGCUGGACCCCCGGAUCCAGCAAGAGUUGGAACAUCUCAACGAAGCCAGUGCAGAAAUCAACAGACUGGAGCUGCAGCUGGAUGAUGCCAGGUCAGGGUACCGGAAGAUACUGACUGAUUCUGCCAGGAAGCUGAACGCCCAGAGCUCUCAGCUGGGUGGCUGCAUAGAGAAAGCUAGACCGUACUACGAGGCUCGCCGCCUUGCAAAAGAGGCUCAGCAGGAGACCCAGAAGGCAGCCUUGAGCUACGAGAGAGCGGUUUCUAUGCACACAGCUGCCAGGGAGAUGGUUUACGUGGCAGAGCAGGGCCUGAUGGCCGAUGGGAAGAACACCCUGGAUCCCACCUGGCAGGAGAUGCUCAACCAUGCUACCUCCAAGGUGAACGAAGCAGAGGAGGAGCGACUCCGCAGUGAGAGGGAGCACAUGCGGGUCACACACGCCUGUCAGGAGGCCGAGGCUCGGGUUCAGAUGCUUCAGAAGUCCCUUAAGAGAGUCAUCCUGAAAUCCAAACCUUAUUUUGAGCUCAAGGCUCAGUUCAACCACAUACUGGAGGAGAACAAGGCCAAAGUGCUGCAGCUCGAGCAGCAGGUCGCCAAAGUGAAGACCCGCUACUCCAUCGCCCUGAGGAACCUGGAGCAGAUCAGCGAGCAGAUCCACGCUCAGAGGGGGAGGGACCAGGUCGAGGGGGGGCGCCCCACUGUGUGCGGGGGGCGGAGUCCCCCUGUCGGAGCCGAGUCCGACAUGAAAGAGGAAGAAGGAGGAGCCUGCGGCGGCGGCUCGUCCGGGAAAGAUCUGGUGGACAAAUACAAGGAGGACGAGAAUGAGAGGGAGAGAGAGCGAGCCGGAUCGGAUUCCCUCUCGGUCUUCAGCCUGCAGACCAUCGCUUCCGACCUGGAGAAAUACGACUCCAUCGAGCACCUCGGGGACUUCAGCGAUGUGGGCAGCGUGACUGGGGAUGAGGGGGAGAAGGAGCGAGGCGGCGUGGUGGACAGGAGGGAGAAGCUGAUGGAAGCGUCUGCCAGGGAGCGACAGCAGCAGUUCUUCAAGCAGCACCACCGCAGCUUCAGUUUGUGAGGCUGUGCCACAGAUAACGACAACACAACAUCCCUCACACAUAGGCACCCGCCAAAGUAUAAGAUAGUGAAUUAGCUGCAAACAUAACACUGGAGUCGUAGUUGUAUGAUACUUGGUGUAUAUAAGCACACUCGCGAUGACUGACAACACUUUAUCCUAAAGCUGACAUCGAUCACAGUUAACACUGAAGCCUAGCUAGAGCCUACAUCCCUCCAGGACAUGCAUACUGCAUAUUCACUCCCUUCAAAGGAUUAUGGGUAGAAUUUGUUCCUGGAGCAUUAAUGAGCAGCGGAGAGAGGUCAAAAGUCUGGGAGAGAAAAUCACCGAACCCUCGAGUGUUUCCCCUCCAGCCGCACGGUCACACGGUGUCUCUCCUCCCCCCCCCCCUCGCCGAGCUAGUUUGCAGGGAAAAAUGACAAAAGCGAUUCUGUCACCGCAGAGUGAAAGCAUGUUCCGAACCCACACUUCCUGUAUUUAUUUACUUGCAACGUGCUGCGAGUAGUGCUUUCGUUCUUUUUCGGCACGAGAGGAUGCGUUUUUUGAAAAUUCCUGAAAGGACGAGUAACAGCGGGUAGAGUCUGAUAGAGACUCUGUUCGACCGCUUCCACUCCGACAGCAUGCACUCCCACUUAUUAAAACAGACAUGUAUUCAGGGUAUAUAUGCUGAAACAAACACUGACACAUCUAAAGCCAAGAUAAUGAAGCUCAGCCAUGUUUUUUUUUUUUUGUUAUGUCUUACUGCUGUCGUCUGUUGAUGCUGUAAAGCCUUUUUUCCCAAAUGUGUAUGAUUUGGAUAUUGUUUACAUUUGGCACAAAUUUCACUUCCUGUUUUACCUUUUGCCUUUUUAACAAAAAAAAAGUAAUUUGUGCCUUGACACAGAGCAAGUAACAGACUUAGCAUGAGUCGUAGUUUGUCGUAAACUUAUCUGUAGUUCUGUUUAGAACCAUUUCACCAACUAAAGUGUUUGCCCUGUAUUUUAAAAAAAAUACUAAUCAUCAGACUGACCCAAGCUCCGUUUCUGAUGAGACUUGAAGAGGUAUGAUUUUUUAUUUUUUAGAAUUUUCAUUUUAACUCCUGUGUUUUUCUUCUUUUAUGAAAUUGUGCUUUGACUGUGACCAGUGUCCGAUGCAAAGCAGUGAGUUCCAGGAACGACUUGUAAAUGUAUGUAAUUAUUACAAAGCUUGAAGAUAUUGAAGAUAUCCUGUACAGGUGACGCGUGUUGCUGAUUUGAAUAUUUGACAGUUGUUUUGUUUUGUUGCGGUACAGAUGUUGUGUAUACAAUUACCCACAGUUCAAUUUGUGUGUUUAAAUCAUUAACACCUCUCACCGUCACGUUUGUCUUAACGACUGGUCUUCUGCCUUUUAUUAAUAGCAUUCCUGAAUUAGUCAGGAUGCCUCUCACCUGUUCCAGUUAAUGCAUCGUCAUCCUCUAUAAUCAAUAAAACAAAUCAUACGU